UUUAAGAUAAUAAAUCGUGUUAUCACAGAUUAAAAUUUUACAUUUUUGUUAUAUUCAUGGAUCCACAACUGAUAUUCCAACAAAUUAAACAGAUUUUUGAGUGCUCAGCAUGAACUAAGAUAGUAUUAUCUUAAAUUGUGGUGCUCACUGCUCAGUGAGUCAGUCGGACAACAGACUGCCCCCAACAUACCAUUCGUACCUAUAAUAUGAUCUAAGGCCUUAAGUACCGUAUAUUGCACAUAUCACGUACUAUAAAAUCUAUUCUGUGUAUUAUAAAUAUUUCUUUUGUAAUAUUAUGUCCAUGAAGUAUGUCUACAACUUAUGUUAACUUCUUGAAUAAUGUAUACCUGAAUAUUAGUAUACCUACUUGAAUUACUAACAACUAUAUAAUUAGGUAAAGCAAACUACUUACUACUUAGUACAUAGUAGUAUUAGUUAUGUUUAGUGCUCUACUUACGCUAUAGCGCACAUACACAUUGUGACGUAUCGACUAAACCAAUUGUAACUUGAAUAAAGUUCAACUGACCUAAUUCUAAGUCGAACAAUCGAAACAGUACUGUACCAGACGACAUGUACCACGGUGCAUCAUUGUUUACUUAAUUGACAGCCGACGACAACAUUUUUGGCUAUUCGGUAUACAGUUUUGAUACUUCACUAACUAUAAAACAUUCAGCUUUGAAAUUAGAACUUAACACCAUUGUCUUGAGCACUCGAUUUCAAUAGCUGUUGUGGUAAUGUGGUUAGAUCCAUCGUCAUCAAACCUGGCUUAUGGAAACCAAUGGAUGAAUCCAACAUUUUAUAAAAACAUGACCAACGUACAAGUGGAUUGGGCAAGUUUGGCUCAACAAUGGAUAAAAAUGAAAGAAACUUCACCCGCUAUAUCCCCUGGACAACAAGUAAAGAUCCCGCUUUCUGAACAAAGUUUGCACAAAGUUGGUCAACAUAUAGAUGUAGUAUCUCAGAAUCUUUCAAAUGUAGCAGCAGUAACAAAUAAAAUGUUUAGUGAUCAUAAUAUUGCCAGUCCUGUUACAAGAAAUAAUAUUGAAAAACCAAGAACUUGGAAUACAUGGACUCAGCAACAACAAUUAAAUUGGAAUUGGGCAUCUACUUCAACAGCUCCACCAACUAAAGCACCAAUUAUAGAGUCAGUUAAUUCAAUUAGACCAUCGUUUGUACCUCCUAUAUUAUCCGAACCACCUCCAUCUUUCCCAAUGAUGACACUAGACACACCAUAUCCACCUAAUAAUUAUUGGGCAGGGCCUAAUACUACAGUUCCACCACCUUCUGAAUCAGAUCAGUGGAAUAAACUUAAUGUAAUUUUCAAAGUGGAUGAUAGAACUCAAGAUUCAUCAUUUAUUGAUACGGCAAAAAGAAAGCAAUUGCCUGCUUGGAUUCGGGAAGGACUUGAAAAAAUGGAAAGGGAAAAACGACGUAAAAUUGAACAAAAACAAUCAUUUGGAGAAUCUGAUUAUUCUAUUUCAAUAAAUGAAAAUUUUAUUCAAGAAUUGCCCAAUUCACUAAUUAACUUUGAUCAUGAAACUGAAAUGGUCGAUGAUGAUAUUGAACAUGUGUCUUCCGAUUACAACAAUGAACCCAGAAAAACUGAGUUUAUGCAGAAUGAUCCUUCUCCUCUCAUUCCACGUAAGACUAAAGCUCAAAUCUGGGAAGAUACGAUGUUAAGUCUACGAAAAAUUCUAACAAAAUUAUUAAUGGAUGUUACUAAUGAUAUGAUGUUAAGUAUAGUUAAAAAGGUGCUAAAAACUACUGUACAAACAGAUAUUCAAGGAAAUCAAAGCCAAACAUCAUUAGCUGGUAAGCUAGGGCUCGGAGUUUAUGGUUCAGAAUCUGAGUCAUCGGAUGAAAGCGAUGAAGAACAGCACUCAUCUGGACAUAAGCAACUAAAACAAGAUUCUGAUGAAGCUAUUCAAGAAAGAAUAUUGAAACGCCAACGUGAGUUCAGUAAUAUUGAAGCAAGGAUACUUAAAGAAUUGGAUCAGCUAGAAGAUAAGGAAAAACUUGUGAGGUCUAAAUUUGAUAACAGUGUCAAGAUGAGUGAUGAAAUUAGUGAUAUUGGUAGUCAGGUAGUGGAAAACAUUCGGACAAAAGGGAAUAAUGAAGAUGUAGGAUCUAACCAAAAGAUUGACAAGAGUCAUGAUAUAGUCAAAAAUGAAUUACAUAAUGAUUUGGAUAUUAAAAAUGGACAAAAGAAAAAUAAAUCUAAUUCCAAAAGAUCGUUUAGUUCUAGUUUGUCAAGCAGUAGUAGUAAUAGUAUGAAGAGCGAUAAUAAUAACAGUAAAAUAUAUAACUAUAAAAAAAGCAACAAAGUUCGGUCAAGAUCUUCGAACAAAAAAAUUUUAAAAGAUGGUGUAAAAAUAAAACGAAGAUCGCGAUCUAGAAAUAAAAGUAGAUCGCGUUCAAUACAUAGUAGUAGGUCACAUUCAAGAUAUUAUAGAAGAUCUCCACAUAGUUUUAGAUCAAGACGAAGUCGAUCGCCACUAUCACGUCAUUCAUAUUCCAAAAAGUAUAAAUGCAAACGAAAUAGUUCUUCUAGUUCAAAUGAAUCAAAAACUAAUAAACACCGGUAUAGACGAUAAUUUUCUGGUCAAAUGUUAUUUUAAGAGAUUAAAAUUCUUAAUUAUUAUUUUAUUGAUAUUACUCAUUCAAUUAAUUAUAUGUUACCACUUUUUUUUAUUAUAAUUUUAGGUUUAGUUCUUACAUUCAUACAUUUAUUAAAAUGUUCAAUUAGACCUAAAACAUAUAUAACACUUAUUUUUUUUUAUUUAAGUAUUUAUCAAUAUUAAAUUAUAAUUAAAAACUUAUGUUCUAAUCUUAAUCAUUAAAUUAAAAUUUAUUUUAUAAAUCCAAAAUGUAUGCAACACAUCUUAUAGUAAAUAAGAUAAAUAGUAAAUCUAUAAUUCAUUUAUUUAUUAAAAAUAAGUAAUAUUACCUAUAUACAUAAAAUUUUUAACAAAUAAAUCGGUAACUUUAUCGUGCUCUUUUAAUUUUUU